AUGGAGCGCGUGCCAAGUCUGCCGCUGCCGUUGUUCUCGAGCAUUGUGAGCUUCGCCGUGCAGGACUACACGGAUCAAGUCCUCCCGGAGACUCGCCGCAUCCAUCUCGCCUUCAACCGCCUCAAAGAUCUGUCGUUAGUCUCCAAGACAUGGUAUUCUUCAGUCCGUGAACUUGUGUAUCAGUUCCAACGGUCAACAUUUACGCUCAAAUUUCAGACUGCGAGUCGACACGAGUUGCUAGCAAUGAGGCGAAAAGUGUUGGAGAGAGGGAGAUACGUCACAGAUUUGAGAGUCUCUAUGGGAGACGUGAGUUCUUUUGGCGAAUACUUCCGACGAGGACACCGUCUCCCUGCCAACUUGGACACGUUGGAGCUCGAGUGGGACGCGCUCAUCGCCCCCAUGCCCGGUUUACGGCGCCUCGACUUGUCUGAGAUGCCACUAAGCAGUCCCCAUACGCAGAAGGUGGUGGAGGCUGCGACGAACCGGGAGGGCUAUGGAUGGUAUGCGAGAGAUCCCAGCACGGCUCUCUUGGGUUGCCCUGGCUUGGAGGAGCUGGAAAUCGCUCUCUAUCACCCUCUUGACGACGACGACGAAGACGAACCAAGCGUUCGAGACCCGGAAUACUUUCCUGACGAAGAAGUUAUUGAGAAGAGCAGUUUUAACGAUCACUUUUGGGAGACACUGGUUGCCAACUGCCCACUCAUUAAUCGCAUCGCGUUGUGGGAGGUUGUCGAAGGACUGGAGCUCGCACACAUUCACUCAUUUACGGACCGUGGGCUAGUAGCAUUGUCACAGCUGAAAUAUCUGGAUUUCAUGGAAUUGCGGCCAAUUAACUGCACGGGCAAUGGUCUUUUUGAUUUUUUAAAUGGAUUUUCCGAUGAAUUUUCUGGACAACGCACGUUUCAGAUUUGUGUGGGUGGGAAAUCCAUUAUGCCGGAGUUCGAGCGAACCGACAUGGACUUCUAUGAUGCAGUCAUGAGUUUACUUACUCGAAUCGCGUCCACACCUGCAAAUGAGCUGCACUUUUCGCAGCAGAGGAUUGUGUUACGUUUGAAGAACGCGAUCACCAACCCAGUAGAGAAAGAAUGGAGUGCGACUUACCUUGAUAGCCUCAAGAAGCUAGUGGCUCGCGUCAAGGAAGCACACCUGUCUCUUCACAUACGCGUUACUAUGCAUGCGUACAAUCGGAAGAGUUUCAAGAGUAUUCUCGAACUGGGCUUGUAUGCCGCACACGCUGAGCCGAGUUACUGGUUUGGCUGGGACGACGAGGAAAGUAAUCGCGACGUCGUGUUCGUGAACCGUGGUGGUAGAAUUUAUCCUGAUGACGAUACAGACACACCAGUUCGCGAAAAUGUCGAUGCCAGCGACAGCGAGUUCGAUGAAGAUAGUGAUGACGACAUAUCCGAUGUUGAUUUGGUGCUGUAGUGAAUUGUAAGAUGAACAUCUAUGUAGUGUAACUCGUGAUUGUACUGUUUAAAAAAAAAAUGAACUCAUUUUUUUGUGAAAAAC